AUGGGUUCACUGCCUGCACCAUGGAUCGCCUCUCUGAAACCACCAUCGACGCCGAAGAAAGAGGUAAGCACAAGGUUCGAUCGACUUCGGGUGGUGAUAUUUCCGGUACCCGUUCGCAGCCCCUUGCCUCUGGCAAAGAUGUCUUUCCCCAUGGUGGCCUCCUCUAAACCGAAGCCACUAGCUCCAUCGCCGAGAUGCUCACCCUGUCCUGAUUUGGGGAGGUCCAGUGUGCUCAUAGAGAGACCGCCGGAUCCGCCCGUCCCCCCGGAUCCGCCGGAUCUUCUUCCUCUGGUGAUACAGUUCACCAGCCCUCGCCCAACCGGAUCUAGUCUCCCCCGCAAGCGGUUCUUCCCUCUGCUCCGCCUUACCCCCUUUGGCCAUCUCGGGAAAGUUUGA